AUGAAGUGCCACCCGAUUCCGGGCUUGCCGCAGCUCGAGAUUGAAUGCGAGCAGCCCAAGUGUCUGUCAAAGUUGCCGAACCUGCCGUGCUUCCCAAAGCCCACGCCUCUGGUCCGCCCCGACAAGGUCGAACGCCCGACGGGCUACAAGGGGCCGGAGGUGGACGAGACCCUAAAGAAUGUGCUCCAGCGCUGCGAGACUGCAAAGGAAGCAAACCUGCAGCGGACCCGAUCCACAGAGGAAGCUGUGCGCGAGAGGCUUGCCGCCAGGGUACAGGCCAUGAGAGAGCACGGAGCUCUGACCGACGCCGGAAGCCCUGCUCUAUCGGCGCCACUGUUGGCAAUCCGCGCUGGCCAGGCGGAGCAGAUGCGGAAGCACAUGAUUGAGGCGCAAGCGCAGGCGCUCAACGAGCGGUACCAGCUUCAGCGGCGGCCAUCCUUCCGGAGGCCGACAGUGCCUCGCAAUCAGUGA